ACAGCCUAUGUAGGAUACACGACUUAUCAUCUAAAUUCUUAUCAGCUGAGCUUGAUUCAAACUUCGUACAUUCAGAUCUGCAAAAUCCUUAAAACGAGUUUCAGGAGAAAGAAGGCGAAAAUAAACGGAAAUGGAAGAUUACCCUGAGGAGUUGCGAACGCCACCAGUGAGUUUGGUGUCACUGGUUGGUUUUGCACAGCAUCAUCAUCUCAUCUCAACACACUUGCUCUCUCAUCAACCGCCAAUUAACACCUUAGCCUUGCCUGAUUUAUCCAAACUAUUACUCUUAUUACCCAAAUCCAAUAAGCCACCUCUUCCUGUUGACUCACAACCCCAAGGACAAGCGGGCAUUCUCAAAAGAGACUGGCUCGUCAAGCAUCGCACUCGAAUUCCUUCCGUCGUUGCCCCUCUUUUUUCUUCCGAUCAGCUCUCCGGUGAUCCCACCAAGUGGCUUCAGGUCUGCUCCGAUCUGGACAAUCUCAAAGCCGUUAUUCGUCCCAGGAACAUCAAGUUCCUUCUUAUUAUUAUCCUCAAAGAUGGUGAUGAUAUCAAUGAAGAUCGUUUUCUUGCUCUCCGUAGGCGUGCUGAAUUAGAUGCCAAAUACAUUCUUACCUUCAAUCCUGAUGAUGCUUCUCAAUUGCAACAUUCUCUUAACAGGCUGGGGAGCACUUUUGCGGAAUUGGCAAACAUUUAUUACAGGGACGAAGGAAAAAGGAUUAAAACGCGAGUCGAAAAGAAGGGCAUCAAUUCUAUUGAUUUCAAUAUUCGUUCUUGCUUCAAAACUGCAGUAUAUGCAGAGUUUCGAAGAGAUUGGGCUGAAGCUGUGAGGUUAUACGAGGAUGCCUAUCAUGCAUUGAGGGAGAUGAUUGGGACAUCAACAAGGUUGCCUCCAAUUCAACGCUUGGUUGAGAUUAAAACUGUGGCAGAGCAAUUGCAUUUUAAAAUAUCAAAUUUGUUGUUGCAUGGUGGAAAGGUUAAAGAAGCUGUUACAUGGUUCCGUCAGCACAAUACUUCUUACAGAAAGGUUGUUGGAGCACCAGAAGUUAUCUUCCUUCACUGGGAAUGGAUGAGCAGACAAUUUUUGGUGUUCGGGGAAUUACUGGAGACAAGCUCUGCUUCGAUUCAAAACAUUUCAUCUCUAGUUUCAGGUACUACAGAAAGACCUUUGACUGAGUGGGAACUUCAUCCAUCUUAUUAUUAUCAGUUAGCUGCAAAUUACUUGAAGGAGAAGAGAUCAUCUUUGGAACUUGCUCUGUCAAUGUCAGAAACUUCUACUGAGAUUGAUGCUAGUGCUGAAUCUGUUGUGCCUUCAGUUUAUGUGGGUCAAUUUGCUCAAUUACUUGAGCUAGGGGAUUCUGUUACUAUGAAACCUCUUACAGAUGAAGAGUACACUCGCUAUGCUAUUGCAGAAGGGGAAAGAUUUCAAGAUUCUUUUGAAAUUAUUGCUCUGCUCAAAAAAUCUUGUGAAUCAUAUGGUAAUCUUAAAGCCCGUAGGAUGGGUUCCUUUUGUGCAUUCCAGAUGGCAACCGAGUAUUUUACUGUGGGUGAUUUCAGCAAUGCAAAACAACUUUUUGAUGGUGUUGCAAGUCAUUAUAGACAAGAGGGGUGGGUUACUUUAUUGUGGGAGGUAUUGGGUUUCCUGCGAGAGUGCUCUAAGAAACAAGGUGUUGUGAGAGAUUUUGUUGAAUACUCCCUUGAAAUGGCUGCACUGCCAGUGUCAUCUGGUACUGAUGCCAGGCCUUUCAGAUUUAAAGAAUAUAGUCCAGCUGGUCCCCCAAGUUUCUCACAGAGAGAAGUCAUACAUAAGGAAGUUUUUGGGCUUGUCUGCGGGGAAGCAGGGUCAGCCUCAGUUGAAGACAAUAAUGCAAUCAAAAUUGGAGUUACUCCACUUCAUAUUGAGAUUGAUCAUGUCAGUCCCCUUAGAGUAGUACUUCUUGCUUCAGUUGCUUUUCAUGAACAAAUAGUUAAGCCUGGUGUAUCCACACUAAUUACAGUGUCACUUCUAUCACAAUUGCCCCAUACUGUUGAGAUCAAUCAAUUAGAAGUUCAGUUCAAUCAAUCUGAGUGUAAUUUUGUCAUCUUGAAUGCUCAAAAACCUUCAUUUGCUGCAAUGACCGAUGAGGAACGGGGUCACCAAGUAGAGAGUGCUCCUCUUAGACUUGUCACAAAUAAAUGGUUGCGGUUGACAUAUGGCAUCAAAUCUAAGAAAAGUGGAAAGCUUGAAUGUGUCUCUGUAAUUGCGAAAAUGGGACCACACUUCACUAUUUGUUGCAGAGCUGAAAGUUCUGCUUCAAUGGAUGAUUUGCCUCUUUGGAAGUAUGAAGAUCGUGUGGAAACUUAUCCAACUAAGGAUCCUGCUAUAGCAUUCUCCGGUCAGAAGGCUAUCCAGGUUGAAGAACCAGAGCCCCUGGUAGAUUUGUAUUUAGGUGCUUCUGGCCCUGCAUUUAUCGGAGAGAGCUUCAUGGCGCCUGUUACAGUGUCCUCCAGAGGCCAUGACAUCUACUCUGGUGAGUUAAAGAUCAACUUGGUGGAUGUAAGAGGAGGUGUUUUGUUUAGUCCAAGGGAAACAGAGUCGUCCUCUAUGGAUAGUCAUCAUGUUGAGCUUAUCGGCAUUGUUGGGGAAGAUGAAUCUCAGUUGGGUUCGGAAAAAUUUGAGAAAAUUCAGCAAUCCUUUGGAUUGGUUUCUGUUCCAUUUCUGAAGAAUGGAGACUCAUGGUCAUGCAAAUUAGAAAUCAAGUGGCACAGACCUAAACCAGUUAUGCUUUUUGUGUCUUUAGGCUAUUCCCCACUUAGCGAUGAUUUGAAUGCACAGAAGGUCAACAUCCACAAGAGCUUGCCAAUUGAAGGAGUGAGCGCCAUUGCGAUAAGCCACCACUUUAUGCUGCCUUUCCGCAGGGACCCCUUGUUACUGUCAAGGAUCAAGCCCGUACAUGGUUCUGAGCAAUUGGCAUCACUGCCCCUGAAUGAAACUAGUUUGCUCAUUGUUUCUGCCAAGAACUGCACUCAGGUCCCAUUGCAGUUAAAAUCCAUGUCUAUAGAGAAUGAGGUUAGCGAAAGUGAAAGUUCAUGUUCUGUGCAAGAUGGUGGCAAUGACCUUUUAAGACCAGCCCUUCUGGUGCCAGGUGAAGAGUUCAAGAAGGUAUUUACAGUAGUUCCCAAGUCUGUUUCUUCGAUGUGCAGGCUGGGAACAGUUUGUCUGAGAUGGAGAAGGGACUCUGAGAGUGGUGAUCCUUCAAGUUUUAACAUAAAAGAAGCAUCGGUUUUGAGUAGACAUAAAUUACCAGAUGUAAAAGUAGAGUUAUCACCAUUAGUUGUAAGUUUGGAGUGUCCUCCUUACGCCAUUCUCGGAGAUCCCUUCACAUAUAUGGUCAAAAUUCAGAACCAGACACAGUUGCUUCAAGAGGUCAAGUUAUCUUUGGCAGAUUCACAAAGUUUUGUGUUGGCUGGGUCUCACAAUGACACGGUUUUCAUACUCCCAAAAUCUGAGCACAUCCUUAGUUACAAAAUUGUGCCACUUGCCUCAGGUUCCCAACCACUGCCUAAAGUUACAGUGAGCUCAGGGAGAUAUUCAGCCGGGUUUCAGCCAUCAAACACAGCAUCAACAGUGUUUGUCUUUCCUUUGAGGCCUGAUUUUAAGAUGGAUGAUGUUGGUGAGAGAAGAAUAGAGUCGAUCACAAGUGAAUAAUUCCAGUCCCCGGUGGUGCAGCAUGGAAGCCAUUAGGGAAGUAAUUGGCAUGUUGAAGAGGGGAGCUUGAGAUCCAUUCCUGACAAAAAAGCAUUCGGAUUAGUGGAGUUACAGUGUUUUGCUUUCAUAAUAAAGUUUUGGUUCUGUUGGGAAAUCAUUUAAUCAGAUUCAAGUGAUUGAAAUGUUGGAAAGUGUCUGGAUAGGAAAUUUGUACAAGUAAAUAGCUUGAUAAACAACUGGUUUUGUUGUAUUAUUUACCAAUUCAAGUUGUUUGGAUACCAAAUUUAACUUA